AUGGCCCUCACCAAUAGAUUCCUCAAAUCCUUUAUUAAAGUCCCUGAUGAGAUAUUCCGGGUCAACUUCGGGCUGGUGGUUCGUCUCCGUGAACACCUCGACCCGUCAAGGCCUCCGCCUGGGCCAUUUGAUCUUCUGACGGAAGCCGGAAAGGCCAAGCCCCGGGCGCUGGACCCCGCCACAUAUCUCUUUCCUAACGGCGCUUCUAUGCGUCCAAAUUCUCGAACGCUCCAGAAUCUUGUGCGUAGGGUGAAAGGGGAUGUGUACAUAUAUUCAGUGCCUGCAGGAACGGAGAUUCCGGAGCAUCUUAUUCUUGUGCAUGAAUUCCGGGAUCAUUUCUCGUUGCAGGCUAGAAGGGAGAUGACCGUAGAAGAAUUGAAUACCCAAAUCACAGACUUCCUGACUACAAAAGGUCAUUGUUUCGCGAGGGAGCAGUGGCUGCAGGAAUACCCCCAUGCGACGUAUUUCUGGAAGUAG